AUGUCAUGCUACACGAGUGACACCCUCGCCGGUGUGCUCGAGACUGGCAUCAAGGAGCGCUACCGCCUUCAAACCCAGGUUCGAAAACUGGGCCAGGAGCUAGUUGCCCUUGCUCAAGAGUCCGGUUGUUCCUGGAAGAAGAAGAACAACAACAAGAAGAGAGGCCAUGGCCAUCGACAUACUCCGAUGCGAGUAAGCAUUGUGACCAAGGGGCGGCCUUCUUGUGGCCAGUCGUUGCGCAUCCGAAAGAGCCACUUUGAAGGCACGUCCGCCUCUAGCAGCGUGGUAUCUGACAACGGCGCUGGACGAACUAUUGCCCGGGGGGGAGGCUCAGGCAGAGGCCGCUCUGCUUUUCGCGAGGCGCUCGACGAAGCAAAAGAGCAACUCGUUCAUGUUCGGCGGCAACGCGAGCGGUCUGAAGGCGCGUUGCCGCGCAGGACCCGACUAUCUGUCCAUGAUGAGUCUGCUAAAGUGUCGAUUUCUCACCAAGAAAUUGACCACAAUUCGGGAAAUAGCAGUUCAGGGGAAGAAAAACGUUCUCCCCCGAAAUGCGUCGCCAAUCGCUCGGGAAGUGAAGAGUCGUACCUCUCAGACGGAUAUUCCACUCGCAAAAAAGCUGGGUGCAAAAAAGAAACUGCGUAUCUCGUGGAAUUGAAGGGGCCUAGGCGAAAAGGUCGACCAGAGGAAAAGCGGCCUUUGCCACGCGGUACGCGGCCCGGCAGAAGCAAAGAACAUGGGCACGACGAUGAAUUUCGCUGUACCUGGCGAGGCAUGGAUGUCAGUUGUCAAGAAUUUGGGCGCAAAGGUGAAGGCCCGGGACGUUCGAGUGGUCGAGGAGUAGCAAGUCCGCGACGUGUGGAGACAGCCUGUGUCGAGGCCACUCACGGUAGCUCUGCGGAGGAAGAUGUCGAGAUAUGCCUCAAGUUAGAGAGAAAGACUAAGGGCGACACGACCAACAAAACGGACAUCAUCAGCCGUAGAGGGAGGAAGCAAGGGACUGCUGCAAGCUCAUCGUUAGAUCGACGGGCGAAGAACACAGCAAUUAGAAGCUCUAGGUCAGAGAGGCCGGAGCAGAGUGCACCGAGGGCAAGCAGAGAUUGUUCUCGUCCAAGGGCAAGUCUCGACCCGUGCAAAUUUGAAGCUAAUAGAGGGAGCAAGGAGAGCGUUCUAGACAACGGGUACCUGCACGCUCGACAGCGCGAGGGAAUGGUCGGGGCAUCGCUGAGGAGCUGUGCGGGCGAGGAACGAAUUGGUGAAAAAGAGGCGGAAGGGAAACGACCGAGUUGCUUUGAUAGCACCCAUCAUUUGAACGGGACUCUUACCUCAGAUGUAAAGGACGAAGAGGAGGGAUGCUUCGCCCCCCAAACGAGGCGCGGUGAUUGCGACUACCGUGGGAAGUGGGUCCGUGACCACAGCGAGAGGAUCACAGCGAAAAAGAAGGAUGUAAAUGAGGAGAAUCACCAUCGCGAGCGGUGGAGCACCCGGGGACGGGUGUUGUGGGCUACACACGCAGAGCCUGCAGCGCGAGCGACUUCCACCGACGCUAGAAUAUUCCCUCGAGCGACGAUGCGAUCGUGUUCACAGCCUGUUGUUCGGCCAUACAAUGGUCUUUACGCGAGGUCUCUUCAGGCCAACGGCAUCGAGCCUGCCCACUUCCGGUCGUCAAGGUGCUCCUGCCAUACUACCGAGCACAGACAGAUUGAUGGCUCAGUCCUUUGGCCUGAUCGGGAGAAUGCGGCGCGGACUCGGUCACCGGUCGACGGCCUUCCCGACAGGCUCGAAGCAGGUCGUGUGUUGGACUCGUUCGAACGAAGAGCAGAGCUGCUGGGCAAGAUGCCGCCUACAACGCUGCGCGCCAAGACCGCUUGGAUGGAAAAACCGGGCGACCCCCAGUACAGAGGCGACGACCUUACUGGCUGCAUCAUCAGGCGCCUGGAGCAAGCCAUUCGGGCCAAGUCCGAUGAAGCACUGUGUUGGGGCAAGAAGAGAAGUUGA